UAUAUAAAAGCCUCGCUCUUGACAAGAAGGUGGCUUUUUUGAAGCCCAUCGAGAAGCUAAGUUCCGUUCACUACUCAAAAAAUAUGUCUAAUUCAAACAACGUGCCCAAGUUGUACCGUAGUGUCAUCGAAGAGGUCAUAAAGAAUGUCAAAGAAGCGUUUCUCAACGAAGGAGUAGACGAACAAGUCUUACAAGAAUUGAAGCAGAUAUGGGAAAAUAAACUACUACAGUCUAGAGCUGUGGAUGGUAUGCCAGCCGAUAAUCAACAAGCUAGACAGCAAUAUAUGUACCCUCAUAUUGUUCAAAAUAAUCCAGGGUUACAUGUUCCAGUGACUUCUGCCAUAUCCAGGCCACAGCAACAAGUUGCGAUAAGCCAUGCCCCAACAGUACAGAUACCAGUACCUAGUACCAUCAAUCAUCGGCCAGGAACAGCUGGCCAGACAGCUAUCAUCUUUCCUGAGUCUCGUGCACAAGCACAGACGCAUGUACAUGCACUUAGUCAAAUGACUGCGGCAGCUUCAGCUGCAACAUUAGCUCUUCCUGGUAUGCAGCAAGUACAGGGUAUCCAACAACCUCAAAGGACUGCAGUUACGCAGGUGCCCACAGCCUACCCAACAGCCAGAACAAUCCAGGUCACACACACUCAACAGCAACAGCAACAACUACAACAGAAUCAGCAUCAGCAACAGCAAACAGCACAAGUGACAACAAACAAACCACCACAAAUGAUAAUUCAAGUUGAUGGAGUGAAUGACAGUGACAGUGAUGGAGAUGAUGAUGAUGAUUUUGGUGAUGAUCAAGAUGAGGAAGACAAUGAAAGAAAUGUCACUCAAGAACUAGAAGAAGAACCGGAAAAGGAUGAAGAGCUAAACUCUGGAGAUGAUGACUCAGACGAUGGGGCAACAGACUUGUUCGAUACUGAAAAUGUGGUUGUUUGUCAGUUUGAUAAGAUUGCAAGAAGUCGAAAUAAAUGGAAAUUCCAUCUCAAAGAUGGCAUAAUGAACUUAAAAGGAAGAGAUUAUGUCUUCCAAAAAGCAACAGGAGAAGCAGAAUGGUAGUAAAAUAAUAACAUCCAUCAGUAGAAAUGCAAUGAAUACAUAUUAUCUUGACCAAUUAGCCUUGAGAGACAUUCCUUUUAAGAUAAGCUGCCCCCAUAAACAUGAGAUUGUGAAUAAGAAAAUACCUAUUUUCGAUCAGUUUAUGGACCAAGUUUAUAAUGAGAAUAUCAGCCAGAAAAAAAGGAAAGGCUAUUGAUGUAGAACAAUUGUUAUUUACCGUUAAUACUUCAGAGGGUCGUUAUUUUCAGUUGUUUUUGCUAAUGCCGCUGCCUUUAUGCAACAAAUCGAAGCUGGAAGACCAAUUCCAUCGUUUAAGAAAUGCCAAAAUGACUUAUUCAUCAUUGUUCAAAUGAGGUUAAGUUUAAAAAGUGCACAAAUGUAUCCAGUCUUAGUUGUUCAGCGAUUGGUCGAGAUAAAACAAUGGGAAGCCAUUUUAGUGUUAAUAUCUAACAUAGCUUCCUCGCAUCUUUUUUCUUUCCUUCUUUAUCGUUAAAAAAAAAGAACAUUUAAUUUUAUAGUAUGUAGACGUAUAUAUAAUGUAGACCCUCUGGGGUUAUAAAUAUCGUUAUUGUCUCUGAAUAUAUUAAUGCAUUGUAAUAUAAAAAAGUUGUCGAAAACGAAUAUCGUCAAAUAAAUGUUAUUGUGAGAUCGAUAAUCACAAGA